CCCCCCUCCGAAACUUCGUCUUCCCCACCGAGCUUCACCAUAAAAGCCGAUGUUCACUUCUAAAUUUUCGGCCAUGAAAGGCAGCUAAACCAUCUCCAAAAACGCACCAAAACGACCUCCAACGCCAUCCAAUUUCAUCUCCAAAAACAAGCUGAACACUGCCCAUAAACCAACCCUUAAAUCAUCUCAAAAACAGCUAUAAAAAUGUCAAAAAAUAGUCCAAAAAUCAGCUCGUUUUUCAGCAAAAAUCUGCUGUAAAAUCAGUUGAAAAACAGCAUCAAGCAGUCCCGAAAUCAGCUCCAAACACAGUCAAUGAAGCGGCCUUGAAACACUCUUAAAAAUCUAAGAAACAUGCAUGAAAAUCAGCCAAAAUCGCGGCUGAAAUUGCUGCAAAAACGCAGCAGCACUUACCCAUUAAAACUCACGAGUUUCAGUCGAGGGAGAAGUUUGUUGUUUCGUUUCUACUGAUGCUCCGAUCCGCGGGCGAGUUUGACCAAUCUUUCUUACUUAUAAUUCAACACUCGGAGGUCCUUUAUUAACAAAUUGAAAAGUUCUGCCCAACAGAGAUAAUAGCGAGAAUGAACAGCCACAAAAGCAGUCAGAGGUGCAAAGCCAGUCUUCAUCCCCUGUAGAUGAAUUGUCCCUCCCUGGCACUGUGCCACCAAACAUGCACUACUUCAUGCCUUCUCAAUUCCGAGAUGCAAAUGCUAUGGCGCAAACAGCUUAUCCUUAUUCAGACCCUUACUACAGGGGUAUCUUUGCACCCUAUGACAUGCAGCCUUACCCUGCACAACCUUAUCCAGCACAGUCAACGGUUCAACUUCAAUUGAUGGGAAUUCAGCAAGUUGGUGUUCCUCUGCCAUCAGAUACCAUAGAAGAACCUGUUUUUGUUAAUGCAAAACAGUAUCAUGGCAUCUUGAGGCGUCGACAAUCUCGUGCAAAAGCUGAAUCAGAAAAUAAACUUCUAAAAGCUAGGAAGGUAUUUUGUACAAAAUGCACUUUGUAUCAUUUUACCUGCAGGGUCAGUUGCUUCAGUAGGCCUGCCAUUUGGCAGCUUAUUGGUUCAACGGCUGAUUUAUAUUUCCCAGUUCAUUAGCCUGCCAGAUUUACCAACCUGUAGAACUUCU